AUGAAUGUUCUUCUUACUAACUAUGGAUCACCGAAUAGUAGUCCUGCUCCUUUGAUUAUGCAGUCGAAGCAGGAGUUCGUUGCCACUGUUGAGGAAGAAAGAAAGGAAGAGGGAAUGUACCUGACAUGGGAGGAUUUGCAGGUGACAGUUCCAAAUGGAAGGAAAGGUAGGAAACCAAUUCUUAAGGCUCUAACUGGUUAUGCACAACCAGGGAAGCUUUUGGCUAUAAUGGGUCCUUCUGGUUGUGGCAAAUCGACACUUCUUGAUGCUUUAGCAGGAAGAUUGGGAUCGAACAUAAAGCAAACGGGGAAGAUUCUAAUCAAUGGCCUGAAGCAAGAACUGGCCUACGGAACAUCAGGGUACGUGACACAAGACGAUGCGAUGCUGUCAUGUUUAACAGCUGGAGAAACGUUGUACUACUCAGCUGAACUCCAAUUUCCAAACAGCAUGUCUAUAACUGAGAAGAAGGAACGAGCAGAUGCUACGCUGAGAGAAAUGGGUCUGCAAGAUGCGAUCAACACAAGGGUUGGAGGGUGGAGUUGUAAAGGUCUGAGUGGGGGACAGAAACGGAGACUCAGCAUAUGCAUUGAGAUUCUAACACAUCCCAGACUCCUCUUCCUUGAUGAACCAACCAGUGGCCUUGAUAGUGCAGCUUCCUUUUAUGUUAUGACUGGAAUUGCAAGUCUCAUUCUAAAGGAUGGCAUUCAAAGGACUAUUGUGGCUUCCAUCCACCAGCCUAGCAGUCAGGUUUUCCAACUUUUUCAUCAUCUUUGUCUUCUCUCUUCAGGAGAGACUGUGUAUUUUGGACCAGCCUCUCAUGCAAAUCAGUUUUUCUCUUCCAAUGGUUUUCCCUGCCCAUCUCUCUACAAUCCUUCAGAUCAUUACCUAAGGAUCAUAAACAAAGAUUUCAAUCAGGAUGCCGACGAAGGAAUUACCACUGAAGAAGCAACUAAUAUCCUUGUCAGUUCUUAUAAAUCGUCUGAAUAUAGUAAUGACGUUCAGAAUGAAAUAGCAAAAAUAAGUGUAAACGAUUCCGGUGCAGUUGGAAGAAAGAUUCACUCUGCAUUCCUUACUCAGUGUCUGGUUCUUCUGAAAAGAUCUUCGAAGCAAAUCUAUCGUGAUAUAAGCAAUUACUGGUUACGUCUAACUGUCUUUAUAGCAGUAUCUGUAAGCUUGGGCUCUAUUUUCUAUCAAGUUGGUGCAAGUAUGACAUCAAUUCAGGAAAGAGGAUCGCUGUUUUGUUUUUUCGUUUCGGUUCUGUGUUUCAUGACACUUGUCAGUGGAUUCUCGCCGUUAAUCGAGCAAAUGAAGGUAAGUAAUUGAUCCAUAACUUUGAAAUUUGGCUGCAUUUUACUCCUAAACUUGACUUUGAUAAAACAAUUUUUUGAUAGCACAGAUUGUUACCUUUUACCUUGUCAGGUGUUGAAGAGAGAGAGAUUGAAUGGACAUUAUGGUGUAACAGCUUUUCUGGUAGGGAGCACAUUUUCCGCUGUUCCUUACACACUAUUGGUAUCUUUCAUUCCGGGAGCUAUUGUUAAUUAUCUUUCUGGACUGCACAAAGGAUUAGAGAACUUUGUAUACUUUUCUUCUGUCCUAUUUGCUAUUAUGAUGUGGGUUGAGAGCCUUAUGAUGGUUGUUGGGAGCAUUUUUCCAAAUUUUGUUAUGGGUGUGAUCACUGCUGGUGGGGUUGAAGGAGUGAUGAUUUUGACAAGUGGAUUCUACAGGCUGCCUAAUGAUCUUCCGAAACCNUUAUGGAAAUACCCUUUCUACCAUGUUUCCUUCCUCAACUAUGCUUUCCAAGGAUUGUUAAAGAAUGAAUUUGAGGGAUUAAUGUUUGGUUCAGAUGGCAUAAGUCUUAGUGGUAGAUAUAUUCUUUCAGAGACAUGGCAUGUGCAAAUGGGUCAUUCAAAGUGGUUUGAUCUUUCUAUCAUGUUUGGUAUGAUUCUUCUCUACAGAGUUCUAUUCUUGGUCAUAACUAAAUGUAAGGAGAAAUUGAAACAUGUUCAUCCGAAGCAGGAGUUCGUUGUCACUGUUGAGGAAGAAAGAAAGGAAGAGGGAAUGUACCUGACAUGGGAGGAUUUGAAGGUGACAGUUCCAAAUGGAAGGAAAGGUAGGAAACCAAUUCUUAAGGCUCUAACUGGUUAUGCCAAGCCAGGGCAACUCUUGGCAGUAAUGGGUCCUUCUGGCUGUGGCAAAUCAACACUUCUUGAUGCCUUAGCAGGAAGACUGGCUUCAAGCUCAAAACAAACAGGGAAAAUUCUAAUUAAUGGCCAUAAACAUGAACUGGCUUAUGGAACAUCUGCAUAUGUGACACAUGAUGAUGCUGUGUUAUCAACAUUAACAGUAGGAGAAGCAGUGUCCUAUUCAGCUCAUCUCCAAUUUCCAGAGUCAAUGUCCAACAGAGAGAAGAAAGAGAGAGUAGAUUUUACAAUCAGACAAAUGGGUCUACAAGAGGCCACUAACACAAGGAUUAAAGGGAAGGCUUCUAAAGGCCUUAGUGAGGGGCAAAAGAGGAGACUUGCCAUUUGUAUUCAGAUUCUUACAAGUCCCAAACUUCUCCUUCUUGAUGAACCAACCAGUGGCCUUGACAGUGCAGCUUCCUACUAUGUCAUGAGCAGAAUUGCAAGCCUGAAGAUAAGAGAUGGCAUCAGAAGAACAAUUGUUGCAUCCAUCCAUCAACCCAGCAGUGAAGUUUUUGAGCUAUUUGAUCAUCUUUGUCUUCUGUCUUCGGGUGAAACAGUAUAUUUUGGCACCACUUCUGCUGCAACCGAGUUUUUUGCUUCUAAUGGCUUUCCUUGUCCACCUCUCCACAACCCUUCUGAUCAUUUCUUGAGAAUCAUAAACAAGGAUUUCAGACAGGAUGAUAAAGAAGGUUUCCACAUAGUAAUACCCGAAGAAGAAGCAGUGGAUACCAUUGUGAAGGUUUUUAAAUCUUCUGAAAUUAGUAACCAAGUUCGGAAAGAAGUAGCAGCAAUAGGUGAAAGAGAAUAUGGUUUCACGAGGAGCAGCAGAACACAAACAGCAUUUCUAACUCAGUGUAAUGUUCUUCUAAGAAGAUCUUCAGUGCACUUGUUUCGUGAUGUAACCAAUUAUUGGUUGCGUCUAGCUAUGUUUAUUGUAGCAGCUAUUAGUCUGGGAACUAUAUUCUUUGACGUUGGUUCAAGUAGUUCAUCCAUUCAGGUAAAAGGGGCACUGGUCUCUUUUGUUGCUUCAGUCCUAACUUUCAUAACCCUUCUUGGUGGAUUUCCUCCAUUUUUGGAACAAAUUAAGGUAUUUGAACGUGAGAGAUUGAAUGGACACUAUGGUGUUGGUGCUUUUGUUAUUAGCCACACAUUAUCACCUAUUCCAUACAUGACACUGUUGUCAGUGAUUCCUGGUGUGAUCAUUUAUUACCUUUCUGGACUUCACACAGGACUUGAACGUUGCAUAUACUUUUCUAGUGUACUACUUGCAUGCAUUUUAUGGGUUGAGAGUCUCAUGAUGGUUGUUUCAAGUAUCUUCCCAAAUCCCAACACUAACAUCACAGUCUCUGGGGGAAUUGUGGGCGUGAUGAUUUUAACUGGUGGAUUUUUUCGUCUGCCACAUGAUCUCCCUAAACCAUUUUGGAAAUACCCUAUGUAUUAUGUUUCCUUCCACAAAUAUGCCUUUCAAGGAUUGUUCAAGAAUGAGUUCAUAGGUCUGAAGUUGAGAAGUGAUCAAGAUGGAAGAACCUACAUAAGUGACAAGGAAAUACUCACCAAGAUAUGGCAAGUGGAAAUGGGUCAUUCCAAAUGGGUUGAUCUUGCUGUCUUAAUCGGAAUAAUUGUUUUAUAUAGACUUAUGUUCUUUAUAAUCACGAAGACUAAGGAGAAGAUGAAGAGCUAA